AUGGGAAGGCGACUCAUCAAGGAGAAGGAGCCCUCUGGGGAAGGGGGCUGCAGGUCCCUGGAACCCCCAGAACACAGGUCCCCAGCCCAGCACCAUGGGGGGGAUUACACCUGCACCUUCACAUACUCAGCUCAGGGAGGAACCAACGAGCAAUGGGAGAUGAACAUUGGAGUCAGUGAAGACAACCUGCUCUUCUCCUGCUCUGUCUGGAGGCCCCAAGGGAAGUCUUAUCUCUUCUUCACGCAGUUUAAAGCUGAAGUGAAAGGAGCCAAGAUAGAGCAUGCCAUGGCUUAUUCUCAAGCCGCAGCGGGUGGACAAAGCGACGUCCCCUUGAAACAGGAAGAAUUUGAAAUCACUGAAACAACAGUGUCUCACAGGGAAGGCAAGUUCCGUUUUGAACUGUCCAAACUCAUGAUUGUAGCAAAAACUCCCCGUGACGAGCUGUGA